AUGCCUUCUGCCACCAUGAACGCUCAUGAAGUUCGCUCGGUUUGGACCUCAGAUGAGGGGACAAUGGCUAAACAGACCGCUGAGAGCCGAUGGGCCAAAAUCAUUCAGGGCACCGUGGACGACAUGGGCGAGACAGCCGCCAUGGAGAAUAUUGACGACCAGAAAAGAGCGGAGAGCAUCGCCAUUCAGAUUGCCCUCAAGAACAUCAAAAAAGAAAUUCAAAAGAACAAUGCUCUCACACCCCUGCAAAAUGACGGCAAGCCCGAUGUUCAAGAGUGGAACAAUCAGUUGGCUGCGAUUGGAGAGUGCAGUUGGGUCAACUGCCCGUGGCUCUUUGGAGAGUGCUACAUGUAUAGACGCAUCCAAGGAAUCUUCACCACCUCAAAACACUGGCAGAACUAUGAUGUUUUCAAGCGCCAAAAAGACUCUACCUUUGUCAAGUCAAGAGCCGCCGUGGAGGAGCUCGCCAACCGUUAUAUACAGACCGUGGCCGAAAUUGGACUUGUCCAGGAUGAGAGCAAGGAAAAGGCCAAGAAGUUGCGUUUUAUCGAGAUGACGGAGGUCGCCCUGUGGGGAAACGCCACAGACCUGUCACUCCUCGCUAAUCUGACUCUGGAGGACUUGCAAAAAUUGCAGGGCCGUGAUGCCAUCCAGAAGAGCCAGCGGAACAUCGUCGACAACGACACGGACGACGUAUGGGCGUAUCUUCAACGCACUGUCGGUCAGCCUAGUCGCCAGAUUGACAUUGUCCUCGACAAUGCUGGCUUCGAGCUCUUUACCGAUGUGCUCUAUGCCGCUUACCUGCUCGACGCCGGCAUUUCUACCUCUGUCAGACUGCAUACCAAAGAAUCCCCGUGGUUCGUCAGCGAUGUCAUUCCCUCUGAUAUCGAAUCACUGUUCAAGCAUCUUGAUUCCUCCGAUUGCUUCCCAAGCCGCGAGUCUCUCGAUCAACUCAUUUCGAGACUCCGCAAGUUCUUCCAGUCGGGCGCGAUCACGACCACGAGCGACCCUUUCUGGACCACGUCGUUCUCGUUCCACGAGAUGCCAUCCAAGGCACCCGCUCUCCUCAAGGAACUCCAGAACAGCUAUCUGGUCAUCUUCAAGGGUGACCUCAACUACCGCAAACUGACCAGGGAUGGAUUGUGGCCUCACACCACCACGUUCGAGGAGGCACUUGGUCCCCUUGGAAAGCAGAGCGGCAUCAAGACUUUGGCCCUUCGCACGAACAAGUCUGACGUUUGUGUUGGCGUCCCGACCCAGAGGGAGGUUGAUGCGUUGAAUGAGGAGGCGCCCAAUGGUGCCUGGGUCCAAAACGGAAAGUAUGCCGUGGUAUCGUUUAAUGAGGGCGAAUGA